GCGGCAUGACGUCGCCUAUGGUGGCACACAUUAGCAACCGGAGUGGCAGCGGACAUAGGAGAGGGGUUCCCCUGGAUUUUCUAUGUUUGUUUUGUUUUUUUUUUUUUUUUUUUUUUUGGGGGGGGAUACCAAGAAACCAGGAAAAUAGCAGUAUCAAACCCCCUCCCCCGGGAGCUACGGGGGGAACUCUGUGUCGAGCACCCGCUAAACUCCGUUGAGAGCAGCCAUGUCAGAAGAGGCGGUGCGUCAAACACGCAGCCAGAAGAGGGCAAUGGAGAGGGACAGCACGGUAGACAUGGACUCCAAACGGGUCAAGGUGGAGAAGGGGGACCCUGACAGAAGCCCCUUGGACCUGGACGGGGCCGAAGCGGAGGAGGUCAAGCUGAAGAGCGAACAGUCAGCAAAACUGGCGGCCAGCAUUCUCAAGACUGGGGAGGUGAAGGCCACUAUCAAGGUGGAGGUGCAGACGAGGGACGAGCCUGUUGACAUGAGCACAUCCAAAAGUGAAAUCAAGAGAGAGUGCCAGCCGCCAUCACCGGAUGACGUGAUCGUGCUAUCAGACAACGAACCAUCCAGUCCUCUCAUGAACGGCCACUGCUUUACAAAGACGGACACAGAAAAACUUAUGAGGAGUUCUCCCGAGGAGCGGGAGCAAAUCAUCAAACAGCUCAAAGAAGAGCUAAGACUCCAAGAAGCCAAGUUGGUGCUGCUCAAGAAGCUACGACAGAGCCAGAUCCAAAAGGAGAGCACAGCUCAGAAGGCAUCUGGUUCUGUGGCGACUCCCCCUCCUCUGGUGCGAGGUAGCAUUACAUCAAGCAAAGGACCCCUUCAGGUAAUGGGUCGCAGCUCAGGGACGGUGAUCCCUCCACCUCUGGUGCGGGGAGGUCAGCACGUUCCGUCCAAACACAGCUCCCAGACGGCCAUGCCCCCACUAGUCAGAGGAGCUCAGCCUGUUACUGUGACUCCCCAGCAGAUCGCCAGCCUACGUCAGCAACAGCAGCAGCACGGAGGCUCGGGCCCUCCUCCGCUGCUGCUGGCUCCCAGGGCCUCUGUGCCAAAUGUCCAGGUCCAGGGACAGAGGAUCAUUCAGCAGGGCCUCAUUCGGGUAGCUAAUGUGGCCAACAGUAAUAUCUUGGUCAACAUCCCACAGGCGUCACCAACGGGCAUUAAGGGCUCUUCAGCGUCACCAAACUCUGGCAUCAACGACUCGCCUGCCAGCCGCCAGGCCGCCGCCAAGCUCGCACUUCGCAAGCAGCUGGAGAAGACGCUGCUGGAAAUCCCGCCGCCCAAACCUCCUGCCCCCGAGUUCAACUUCUUGCCUUCAGCUGCCAAUAACGAGUUCAUCUACUUGUUGGGGUUGGAGGAAGUGGUGCAAAAACUCCUUGACAUGCUUGGUCGAGGCAAUCUAGGCCCUGCAGCCGGCAUGUCUAGCUCAAUUCCCAAAGACCCGUACACAUGCACCCAGUGUAAAACUGAUUUCACCUCUCGCUGGAGGAAGGAGAAGGCCGGGACCAUCCUGUGUAACCAGUGCAUGUCAUCCAAUCAGAAGAAGGCACUCAAGGCCGAGCACACCAGCCGGCUUAAGGCGGCUUUUGUCAAGGCGCUGCAGCAGGAGCAGGAGAUUGAACAGCGCAUCCUCCAGCAGGCCACCACUUCCUCCGCCACGCCCAUCUCCAAAACCACCUCUUCCUCUCCGUCGAUGUCCAAAAGUGAGGUGCUUGUGUCUCACCAGUACAAGCAGGUCAGGGCCGCCAUGCCGCACAGAUCGGUGACAGGCCAUCAUUCUGCCAUUAAGCAGCUGCAGAGUGCCGUGACAGCGGCAGCGUUGAGCAGCAGGCCAGCUAAGCAGGGGGUGCCACGUCCGCUGCAGCAAGGGGUGAAAGUCAGCGCUGGUGGGAGCAACAGUAAUCAGGGCAAUGUGACUGCCUGGAGGAAGAGCAGCAGCAAUGCAGGCGUGACUAUGGCCUACGUGAACCCCAGCCUGUCCGCCCACAAAACCACCUCCUCGGUUGAGCGCCAGCGGGAGUACCUGCUGGACAUGAUCCCUUCCCGCUCCAUCUCCCAGGCGGCCAACACAUGGAAAUAAUACCGUCGCAACUCCCCCGCCCUCCCCGUUCCUCCUCUCACCCCCCCCCCCCCGCCCCUUGUAAUAUCUAUGAUAGCCAUUAUGCUACCACCCAUCUAUAACGUUGUCAUUCUAAUCCUUUCGAUGAACUUGAUGCAGGGGGGUAGAUCUGCCCCCUGUUUUGGUUGUCUUGAAAUGGAGAUGAUCCUUCGUUUCUGCAACGAGAGCCUAUUCCCCAAGUUUGGGAUACAAGGAUUGUGUCCAGUACAGUUUUUUUUUUUUUUUUUUUUUAAAGGUGGUUUGGGUUCAACCUUCCUUUCGGUCGACCACCUUACAGUGGGAGUCACCACAAAAUUCCUCUGCCUAUGGAUUAGACAGAGUAAAGAUAUUAAGAUUAUUAAUUAUUAUUAGACACCACAGAAUACGCGCCUUACGCCCUUCUUCGGUUGGUCCGGCGCGGUGUCUGGACUUAAGAUCUCGUCACGCAAGACUGUUUGAUCUUCGAGGACUAUCGGAGAAAUGACUUCUGCUUUGCAAAAAAUGAGUAAGAAAGGAGGAAAAAAAAAUGCAAAAGACUGUAAAACUGCACACAGACUGCCUCUUCUUCCCCAACCUCCAGCGUUGUACAACAGAGAAGCCGACGUGUCGGAUUCUUUUGUAUUUGCUGAAUGCUAGAUUCUCGUCUGUUUUAUUUUUAUUUUUUGUUUAAAUAUUAUGCUCCCUCCGACGCUUUGGAAGUUGCCUCAUGCCGAGGUUGAAAUUAUACAGGCUCAUGUUACUGUCGAAGGUGGUUUUACAUCUGCGGUUUCCACGUUGUAGUUGACUUUUAAAGACUUAGAAAAAGAAUAAAGAUAAAAAAGGUUUUACUGAAUAUUGUAAAAUUAUGGAGCCCAAUGUGUCGUUUUGAAGACUAUUGUUGAGAGACAACAGAAACUUCCAAAGAACUAGUGGAGCCCAAAUGAUAUCCCUUCUGCUGGAAUGUUUUGGAGUUGAUUUGAAGCCUCUCUUGAGCAAACAUGAUGUCAUGCUACAACUGGAGGUAUGUCAGGAUUGUCAUAUUUGCAACAUUCUUUUUUUUUUUCCCUGCUUUUAGUCAUUUAGGUUGUGGUGCAUUUUUUUUUUCUAGACACAAUUGUCUCUGGGUUUAUUUAUAGGGUCACGCUAUUAGUAAUAAGGCGUGUGAAUGGUUGACCCCCCCCCCCCGGUCCGUGUCAUUAUGCGUCUGUAAAGAAGAAGCUGGAUAGUUUUCAGAAUGUAGCGAUGGAUACAACAGCCGCUAGGAAGUCUUCUAAUGUGACGUUUCUUCACGUAGGCUCUGCUGCAUUUUGGGUCAGGAUAAGACGGGGAAGCUCAUACUUCCAACAGGAAGUGCUGGGUGUUUCGGACCUUAACAACCGCGCGAUGUCGCCAACUCUUUGCUCAAUUACGGUCGGUUGUGCGUCCGAGGGUCCGCUGUCGGAUCAGAUCGACACCAUUGGAUCGACACCUUCUUGAGUCCACAGCAGGGGAAAUUGGACAAAUACUUAAGAUCGGCUCUUAAAAAAAAAAAAAAAAAAAAAAAAAACACGCACGCACCAACAUUUAUAAUAAACAUUUUGUUGGAUAAGUGGCACGACAUUUCUGAGGUCCCCGGUUCAAUCCCUCACCCGCCUGUGUGGAGUUUGCAUGUUCUCCCCGUGCCUGUGUGGGUUUCCUCCGGGCACUCCAGUUUCCUCCCACAUUCCAAAAACAUGCAACAUUAAUUGGACACUCUAAAUUGCCCCUCGGUGCGAUUGUGAGUGGGUCUUUUUGUCUCAAUGUCCCCUGCGAUUGGCUGGCAACCAGUUCAGGGUGUCCCCCGCCUCCUGCCCGUUGACAACUGGGGUAGGCUCCAGCACUCCUCGCGACCCUCGUGAGGAUAAGCGCUGAAGAAAACUGAUGGAUGGAUUUUGUUGGAUAGUAUUUUGGCAGCACGUCUUGUUUUGCCUUUGACAUUCGGCUUUGGUCUUCCUGUUUGGAGUUUGCAUGUUCUCCCCGCGCUUGUGUGGGUUUACUUUGGGCAUUUCCUCCCAAUGUCGAAAAAUUGUUAGGGCCGUUGAAGACUAAAUUGUCCAUAUGUUUGAACGUGUGACUGGUUAUUUGUGUUCCCUGUGAUCGGAGGCCAACCGAUUCAGCGUGUUACCCCGCCUCUCGCCCCAAUCAUUUGGGAUAUGCGCCAGCUAACUCGUGACCCAGAUGAGAACAAGCGAUGUAGAAAACGAAUGGAAAGAUACCCGAGUUGUCCCUUGAUGGGGGGGGGGGGGGGUGUCAUCACCUCCAAUCUACGUGGGAAACAACCCAAGUAGUUUCUCCACUUCUGACAAGUUUAAAAAAAAAAAAAAUGCAGCGGCAGCCCACAUCUUACGGACGCAAACGACGAAUCCAUCAAAGUGUUACAACCCCCCCGCCACAGUUUGAAAUAUAUACCAUUCCGUUUGUUUUAGGGGGAAAGAUAUGGCCAAACCCACACUGCAAAUAAAGUAAUGUAUGAGGAGAUAUUUGUUUUUUUUUUUUUUGUUGUUUUGCGGUGGAUUUCUUGACCCCCGGCUCUGUUAAAUAACAAU